CGUCUGCCCACUUUCUUUGUUUCGCACCACCACCCUCGCCCUGCCCUCGCAACCGCCUGCUGCUUUUAGAUGACACGCCGAGUACGCCGCAGGUCCUGGCUAGAGGAGAACCACGACAAAACAAAAAAUAAAACCAAAAAAUAAAACCAAGCGAGCGCGACAUCGAUAGGCCUGGUAUCAAUACCGAGCAUCUCUAGUGCUGUGCAGGACGUUUGUUUUGGUGGCCUCGGCUGUGCCGCAUCCGAUCGGUUGCUGCCCGCCGCUCCAUUCUCAGCCCUCCGCUGCACGCUUGCGCCACCCAGCGCCCUUUGUCGCCCCACAGCCCCAGGCCGCCCGUCGCAUUUGUUCCCGCUCCAGCGUACGUCGUCGCCGCCCAACCGCCUCCAGUCAUCCUUCAUUCUUCCCAACUUCAUUCUCUGGCCUGGCGCUUAUAUUUCCCACGACCUGUUCGUGCGCCAAACCCCCCUCUCCUCUCCUCUCACCAGGCACUUACUUGCCUUUCCCAUGCCAUCUCUCUAGCACAUCUCUCUCUCUCCCACACACAUACACACACACAAUGCAACAACAAAACACAAACAACGCGAGUACCGGUCGGAAGCAGACCCCGGGGAGGCGUCGUCAGAGCCGCAACACGGCAAAUUCACCCGCUGUUCCAUCACACCAGCGGAACUACGCCUCGGAAAAUGAUGCGGCCGACCUGUCCAGAGCGGAUGCCGCGUUCCGCAAGGAAAUGUCCGAUAGUCCCAGGACUCCCCGCAAGUCGAGUCCGUCGGCGCCGCACCCCAGCACCAACGCCAAGUCUCGCACCGGCAACAAACAGCGCUCCAAGAAUGCUACAACAUCGCCUAUCCCCGUGAACUCAGGAAGGCACACUCCUCCGCCAACCAUUUCCAUGUCGGCAAAGGCGCCUUCAAUCGCUGCCUUCGCUGGCGCAACGUUCCACGCCUCCCCCGCUCCCUCUUCGCUCCCGAUCCCCAGCUUCAUGGCCAAGGCGAUGCCCGACUCUCCCGGCGCCGCUGGCUCCAAGAGACCGGCCAGCCAGGAGCCAUCUCCGCCGACAACCGACUCUGAAAUGCCAACCCCGGCUCCCAAAUCGAAUGCCGUCGGCCCAUCACCCAAGGAGUCGCCGCUCGACAUCUUCUUCCGCGCCGACAGGGCCGAGAAGGAACAGGCGAGGCGUGCAAGCUCGACAAACGUCCCUGCACCGAUCUUUGGACAUUUCUCUCCUCCCUCUCAACCUCUUUCACCGUUGAGGGCCGGUCCGUCUGCUGCCAAGGAUCGUCCUUUCCAGCAAGGACGGCCACAAGUCCAGCGCAACACAUCGAUUGGAAGCUCUCCAGUUGAUGCAGGGGGCGCACCUACCAAUGGAAUGGGGCCGGCCUUCUCCACUCCAUACUACGAGCGCAUCAAGGCCGCGCGAUCGACCGACAAACAAUCCCGGGGCGGUCCGGAGAUCACCCCAAAGCAGCAGCAGUCCGUCGUUGACCGCAGCGAGGCCCUGAAGAACUUCUUGUUUGCCGGCCAGAAGCAGCCUUCGCCAGCGAUGACCAACUCCACCGCCGGGGCCUCGUUGCUGCCCGCUGGAGCUCGCCCACCAAGGUCACACACCCAGAACAUGUAUGGUGCGCCCUAUCUGCACGACACCAACGACCGCCGCUCGGCCAACCUGCGGGCAUUCGAGGACGACCUCCGCCGGAUGCUCAAGCUCGACUCACCGCUCGGCCUCGCAACAAAGCCGCCAGCUCUCACCAAUGCCCACACCUCCUAGUCGCUUCUACUACUCCUUGUUCCCAUUCCAUGGCGUCGCCGUAUUUGCGGCCGGCAACUUGCUGCAUAGCGGGCUUUUUUUAAACCAGUCCGCUCGACGAACUUCGAGCCCACCACAUCUCGGUCUAGUUGGCCGAGAAACCGCUCAUUGGCUUACUGUACAGGAGUGCUACUCCUGUGUUUUCCUUUGUUCUUCAUACUCAAUAUGUCAUGUUAUCCUAUGGCGUUCGGGAGGCCGACUGGACCUUCGGCUGUCGGCGAUCUGGCGCACAUCAGCCGGGGCGGGAUUGAACGGUCGGGUUUAUAUAUCACGGCGAUCGGGAUAUGGUGUCUCUUCAUGGGAUUUUGGAGUCAAACGGACGGUGUGGAACCGAAGGACCACACAGUUGUUAUGGAUCAUGGAUCACAUGAUUUUUGAAGACAUCAGGCCUGUCAGGCGGACAUGGCUCUACUUUCUACCUACCCUCCCUAUUUCUCUUUCUGCAGUCACUGUUUUCCUUUACUUCAGCUACGCCUUCUUUUGCGCAUUUUCUCUUUCUUUACAAAGCCUUGUUCUUUGGGACGAUGUAAUUUUGGACGGCCGGUUCGAUUUCACCAACAUCUGGUAUGGCAUGAUAGGGGUGUUAUUGCGACGCAGCGGGGCUGAUAUUCUUUUUCGAUGAUACCCAUCGCCGCUUUGGGGCUUUCAUCCAGGGAGGUCAGUAUCAGGCCUGAUUUUGUUUUCAUUCUCUUUCCUUGUUGGCGUCGCUUGACGGCAUGGAUCUGGUUCCUGGGGGUGUUGGGGAUGCUGAGACACGAUGCAUUGUUAUUGGCAGCUGGUGACACAUCUCGCCAUCAUAUCAACGGAUGAUGGUUCGAGAUGUGUGAUUUGGAGUUGACCGCGGGCUGCAUCAGCGGCUUUGGCCGCCCUUUGGUUGGCCCCUAUCAUCAAAGAAAGGGAAUGACAGGAGAUGGAACGACAAGAAAGAACAAAACGAAGAAGAAAAAAAACGAGGAAAACCCCAAACUAAAGCACAAAAAAAACAUGUCUAAUUUUGGGGGGGUUUGUAUGGUGGUUUCAGACUCGGCAACGCGGCAGUAUACUCUCAGGACAUAGCUUUUCUUUAUACUGUCAAAACCCACAUAUUUCCCUCCACCCCUGCUCUCCUGCUGAUGCUUCACCAUGUACUAUGCUUCCAUUUAAGUCUGGUUCUCUGCCGUGAAAGUUCGAACCCCGGGAAUUGGGCUCCCUCGUACACGUUUUCCGUGGCGAGCAUCGAGGAUGUUUACUGCGUGCUGGCAUAUCUUGCUCCUUGGUAGAGUAAUAGAAGGUAUAGGUUCAGUACUGCAGGGCAGGCAGGACAUAAGGAUGUAAUAUGUAAUAUCAUAAUCUUUGGAAUGUCAGAUGCCUACAUUUUAUAGGGCUGCGGACAUGACAGUUGCCCCUUCGUACAGGUGUCAGGCAUACUACUGAUAUCCGUCUGGUACUCUGCUUGACACUGCCGUCAGAGUCACC